CUUACAUCCAGCUAUAAGGUCUGAGUAAUAUUACACGUAGUCUAAUCAUAUAUCAGCCUGAUAACAGCCUAUCCAUUCUUAACUUCUAUAUUCUUGUUAUGGUUGUCGCUUCUUUCACACCAGCGGCAGAAUAAUUCCAUUUAUACAAAAUGUUCCGCUCCCUCCUCACUCUCACGAAACUCGCUUCCCCAGAGUACAUCUUCCCCACCGUCGACCCUAAAAUCGAUGGCGAGGAAUGUCGCCACGACUGCGCCGAUUGCACGGUCAAGUGGCCGUCCAAGGUGAAAGUCGAGACCACACUCCCGAUGUACGGGUAUAUCAAGCAGUUUCACGCGCAUGUACUCGUGGCAACCGGGAAGACGGAUUGGGUCGGGAAGGUAGAGCAGGAGAAGGGGAGUUUGAUGGAGGCGUUCAAGUCUGAUGGGGGGAAGUCGAAACAUGGAAGAAUCAUGGUUUCCGCAUCGAAUCUCACACCACCAGAGAGUGAAAACGGACAGAUUGAUUCCGGGAAGACGACUGUAUUACUUUUACCGUCGUUUACCUUCGUGGACGGUGUUGCCUACGGAGAUGUGAGACAUGUGGUUGAUACGUUUAUUGAUAACCCGAAACAAGAAUCCCGGUUGUCGUCACGACCAUGUCAACAUGACUAUGUUGUUCUCCUCUGUUCGCAUCAACGGCGUGAUGCCCGCUGUGGCAUCACGGCACCGUUAAUCAAGAAGGAGCUGGAGCGCCAUCUACGUGGGCACGGCCUAUACCGUGACCUCGAUGAUGAGCGACCCGGUGGGGUGGGGAUUUACUUUGUUUCUCAUGUUGGUGGGCAUAAGUUUGCUGCGAAUGUUCUGAUUUAUCGGAAGAAGGAGCAGCAAAUGAUCUGGUUAGGGAGGGUCAAGCCCGAACAUUGUGAGGGGCUGGUUAAGUAUACGAUUCUCCAAGGGAAAGUGGUUCAUCCAGACUCGCAGUUGAGAGGUGGGUUUGAUCGUAUGAAAGGGUUGACUAGUUGGUGAUAUCUGUGUUUUAAGCACUCUAUAUAGACUCCUCAACAGAGGGGAUUUGGCAUGUCAAGGCUUCA